GACAUCCCGGUUUCUCUCCUCUGCAGCCUCCUCCGGUUGGUCCCUGCUGAUAGACCUGGACCCGGCCUCGUGAACGCGCUCUCUCUCGGAGACGCGCUCCGGGUUCCGUCCUACCGGAGGCAGAAGAGAGCUCGGAGAUGCACCGGAGAGACUGAGAGGAUACACACACACUCACACUGACACACAAACACCGAGUGUCCAACUCACACCGACACACCGGGAUUAAUCUACGCCGAGAGUCCGGAGCGUCACGCGGAUCCGUUCCCGGGCCAUCCAGACCUGAUCUGCAGCUCUGCAAACAGUGGAAUGUGAUGGUGUGACCCUAACUGGAUGAGAGUGUCUGUUUGUCCAUUCUUUCAUCCAUCUGUCCAUCCCUCUAUCAGCCGGAGGAGAGAUCUGAUGAGAGGAGGAGAGAGGAAGAGGAGCAGAGACGACCUGCGAUGGCCAGCACAGCUGAUGGUGUGGGCAGUUUGGGAGCUGAGCAGAACCAUCUGAGUGUCCCGGUCUCGGAUCAUGGAGCCUGGGCCACGGCCAUGAACAACCUGGGCAUCAUGCCAGUGGGAAUCAGCGGGCAGCAGCUGGUCUCAGAAUCUCUGUGCAUCCAGAGGUUCGAGCCCGGCCUUGGUCUCCUCACUCCCAUCAACCCCAUGAUGGCUGGAAUCAGCCUGGUCCCGCCUCCUCCCAUCCCCCCUGACAUGCCCAUCAUUAAGGAGAUCAUCCACUGCAAGAGCUGCACGCUGUUCCCCCAGAACCCCAAUUUGCCCCCGCCAUCGACACGUGAGCGCCCCCCCGGCUGUAAGACAGUGUUUGUUGGGGGUCUGCCGGAGAACGCCACGGAGGAGAUCAUAAGGGAGGUGUUCGAUCAGUGCGGAGAGAUCAUCGCCAUCCGCAAGAGUAAGAAGAACUUCUGUCACAUCCGCUUCAGCGAGGAGUUCAUGGUGGACAAAGCCAUCUACCUGUCAGGAUACCGGAUGCGUAUCGGCUCCAGCACUGAUAAGAAGGACUCAGGGAGGAUCCACGUGGACUUUGCUCAGGCCAGAGACGACCUGUACGAGUGGGAGUGUCAACAACGCCUGUUCGCCAGAGAGGAGCGACACCGACGCAAGGUCCACGAGGACUGGCUCAGACCGCCGUCCCCUCCUCCCAUCGUGCACUACACGGAGCAUGAGGCGGCGCAGCUCGCAGAGAAACUGAGAGAUGAUAAUAAGUUCAGCGAGGCAACAGCGGUCCUCUUCACGUGGAUCGACCGCGGCGAGGUGAACCGUCGGACCGCCAAUCAGUUCUACUCCAUGAUCCAAUCAGCGAACAGCCACGUGAGGAGGCUGAUGGGAGAGAAAGCUCAGCACGAGGAGGAGAUGGAGCGAGCCAAGGAGAUGUUCAAGAACGCCCUGAUGGCCAUCCUGACACAGUUCGAGCAGAUCACCAGCGUUUUCACCGCCGCCACCAGACAAAAGGCAUGGGACCAUUUCUCAAAAGCUCAGCGCAAGAACAUAGACAUUUGGAGAAAACAGUGUGAGGAGCUGAGGAACGCUCACAGCGAGGAGAUCAUGGGAAUCAGACGAGAGGAGGAGAUGGAGAUGUCUGAUGACGACUUUGAGGAGAAUCCCUGCAAGAGGCUGCGCACUGAGAACGGUGUGUGUGAUCCGGCCUCUCUGAAGGAGGAGAACGACUCCCUGCGCUGGCAGCUGGAGGCCUACAGGAACGAGGUGGAGCUGCUGAGGAAGGAGACGAGAGGAGCAGGUCGACCUGACGACGAACACACGCAGACGCUGACCAGCUCACACACACACAACCCCGAGGCUCAGAUCCAGCUGCUGCAGCAAAGCAUGCACAACAUGCAGCAGCAACUCCUGAGCCUGCAGGAGAAGCUAAAGAGUAAAGAGGCGGAGCUGGAGCAGGCCAGGGAGGAGCAUCACUACCUGGAGGGGGAGGUGCUAACGCUCAGAGACAAGCUGCUGAACAAUGGUGUGGAGGUUGUGGACGGGACCAACGGAGAUCUGCAUGAAAAGGGUCUGAACGGGUGUGUUCCCGCUCUGUUCCUCAGCAGAGAGAGGAGGAGUGAGGUCAUCGCGAGGGGAGGAGUUGCGUCAGAGAAGGAGGCGCUGCUUCUGGGCAUCAUAUCCACCUUCCUCCAUGUCCAUCCGUUUGGAGCAAACCUGGAGUAUCUGUGGUCGUACAUUCAGAGACUAGACUCAAAGGUGUCUGCAGUGGAUCUGGAGCGUCUCAUGGUUCGUCUGCCGUCGAUGUUCCGUCAGGAGCUGAGCGGCGUCGGAGCGACUCUGGAGAAACGAUGGAAGUUUUGCGGUUUUGACAGUUUGGGCUCAGCGUGACGAAGGCAGAACACACACACACCCUGAGGACGUCAACGGACAACGUGUGUGUGUGUGUUGAUAUUAUUAGACUGCAGGACUAAAACAGACACUGGAAACUAUCGAGGAGACGUGCUUUGAGCCUUGCUGUCAUUGAGGUGAAGUUACUGACGUACGUCCUCCUCCUCCUCGCUGCAGAGCUUCAUCACAGUGAAGCUCUUCGUUCAUCAUCACCUGAGUUUGAUGGUUCACCUGAAGGAGGAAGAGUAAAACCAAAGUUGAUCCACAUGAUGAGUUAUAGCUACCACAUCAUUAAAGUUUUCAAUAAACUAUCAUCACUCAUUUUAAGAGACUAGGUGGAGCACACACACCUCCUCUGCACACUCCUGCUGUGUUACUUCAUGCAACAUUUAUCUCUCUGCACAGCUGCAAACACAACAAACCAACAUAUUCAGACUCAUGAAUUAGCAUGGCAUAGCUCAAAGUCUACAUCAACAACAAAGCAACACAUACAAAAACAUCAGGAUUAAUUUCAGUCUGUUUUAUAACAAGCUGAAAACUCCUCACUGGAACUUUAAUCACUCAUAAAGAGCAUCAUCAAAAAUCUUUCCUCUCUUCCCCUCAGGACUCAAGUAUGAGACACCAAACCAGAGAGCGUAUCUAUUUUAUCAUUCUUAAGAGGGAGAUAUUUUUACAACAAACAGCCCCCCAGGUCAGAGAUAAUCUGAUCUUUAAGGUGAAGCAGGAGGAGUGAAACUGGAAAUGGACGAUACAAGGAUGAUUCAAACCUGAUGAAGAGGAGGAGUCUCAGCCUUCCUCUUGGGGUCACGUUUUAAACAGCAGCAGACUCUCUGACUGAGCUGGAUCUGAUGAACUGAAAAAGAAAAAGACUUCAGACCAGAGAAACUCCGGAGGAUCUGAGCUCACAGAGUAUUUCCUUUCUGUUUGCAUCAGCUUUACUUUGUGUUUACAGCAGACGAGGAUUCAGUGAUUUUGUAUCGGACUCCAUAAAAAUGUUUGUUUCUUAUUUGAAUAAAGUUGUUGUAAGUAAAGAUUGUA